AUGGGUUACAAGCUCCACACAAUACAAAGCCCUUUUUCACAGCCACCACAGCCCCCGCCUACUCCGCCACCAAAAACCAACUUACCCAUGUUCUAUUACGGCCUCAUAAUCGUCUCAAUAGCCGCCAUAAUCCUAGCCAUGUACAACCUUAUCUUCGUCAAACUGACUUCGAACCGCCACGAUCAGUCUCCGCCACCAAGAUCAUCAAUCAGUUUGGUUGAUCUCUCAAGAACAAGGAGGAGUAGGAGCUUUGGGAACUUGGACAGCUUCAGGUACAAGAAGAACGAAGGGUCAACGUCAAAAGAUGAAAGUUGUGUCGAAUGUGCUGUUUGCUUGUCAGUUUUUGAGGACGGAGAAGAAAUAAGAAAGCUUCCUACUUGCAAGCACUCCUUUCAUGCUCCGUGCAUAGACAUGUGGCUCAACUCUCACUCUGACUGCCCGCUCUGUCGCACUCCCCUGCCGGCGAGCUCAUGGAGUCAUCCGCAGCUGACUACUACGCCGGAGGAGAAUUCCAGAGAAGUCCUACUAGCAAGCACUAGUCCUUUCAUGCUCCUUGCAUAG